GUUAAGAGGGAGUGAGACUGUGAGAGUGAAUAAGGUGGGGUUUUGUUUUCCUUCUUUUCGCUACUCUCUCUCUCUCUCUCUCUCCAUCUCUGUAUUCUCUGCUUCUUUUUGUUGUCUUAACUUAAUUUCGAGGUUCGCAGCUGCUGCUGCUGUCAAUGGCGGCUGUUGCAGAGAGAUUAAGAGAGUAGGGCAUGACUUGUAGGGCUGUAAAUUCCGUGUCUUCAAUGUCGUCUCUAUGUUUAUAGCUCUGCCUCCGGAAAGAAAAAGAGAAUUGAAUUUAAUGGAAUUUUCAAGAAAAGAGACUCAAUUCUAAAUCAAACCCAUCCACCCAAAUACAAAAAAAGAACAAGUAGAAGAAGAGAAGAAAAUCAUAUAUCAUCACAAGAGAAGAGACGUGUGUUUGUUCCUCUCUCUCUCUCUCUCUCUCUAAAAAAGCUGCUGCUGCUGCUGUAAAAACAAAAACCAAUUCCCAUCUCUCUCUCCCUACACUCACUCACAAUCACAAAAACAAACAAAACAAAACAAACCCACCACCUCUCUGUGAACAUCUACGACUAGUAGAGUAGACUGCACAGCAAGAAAAAAAACAAAACAAAACCUAAAUUCACUAAAUCUAUCAGACACCCCAAAUCUAUCCAUUUCCUUGUUAUUCUUCUUCUUCUUUCUUCCAUAACCAAGUAACAGCUAGCAUUUCUUGAUAAACUGAGAGAAAAGAGAGAGGGUAUAGUUCUGAUAUGGAUUUGAUUGUCUUAAAAUUGAGGUUUUGCUCAGCUAAUUGUUCUAAACAAUGGCUGGGUUCUCACUAGGAAGAUCAUCAGCAAGAAACCAAUCUCAAGAAAUCCCACCAGAAACAUUAUUUCUUUACAGAAGUGGAGAAAUUCCUUCAUCAACAUACAACAACAGCAGCAAGGGUUUUGAGUUAUGGCAAGAACACAACCAGCAUCAAAAUAUAUACGCAUCCUCCUCCGUAGCUUUAGAAGUGGGACUAGCUAGUGGUAAUAGAAGAUCCAACGUCUCAGAUGAGUUUUCGAAUAGAGCGGGAACAACUAUGAUGAUGAGACAAGGAGGAGGAGAAGGAAGUGGAGACCGAGGAGGAACAACUAGUUGUCAGGAUUGUGGAAAUCAAGCUAAGAAAGAUUGUACACAUAUGAGAUGUAGAACUUGUUGUAAAAGUAGAGGGUUUCAUUGCCCUACUCAUGUUAAAAGCACUUGGGUUCCUGCUUCUAGAAGAAGAGAAAGACAGCAGCAAUUUUCUUCCAUUCAUCAAGGAGGAAGAAGUGAUAGAGAUGAAAGAGUUGUUGUAGUUUUAGACAGAGAUCAUAUUUCUACUACUAAUACUUCGAAAAGACCAAGAGAAUCUCAUCGCUUACCUGCUACAAACACGACUGGGUUAGAAGUGGGGAACGUAUUUCCAGCAGAAGUGAAUUCAGCAGCAACAUUUAGAUGUGUAAGAGUGAGCGCAAUGGACGAAGCUGAAGAACAAUAUGCAUAUCAAACAGCUGUUAAUAUUGGUGGUCAUGUUUUUAAGGGCAUUCUGUAUGAUCAAGGUCCUGAAUCUCAUUACGCACAUCAUCAUGGCGGCGAAACAUCAACUUCGGGUGCUGGUGGUAGCGAAAGUGGGGGUGCUGGUACAGGUGGCGGUGCAAUCACUUCAUCAGGCCGUAAUUUUAUUACGGCACCACAUAACCAUCCUCAUAUGCAGCAACAGCAACAACAACCGAGUAGCAGUAGUGCUACUACUUCCGGUGCAGCCGCAUUACUUGUUGAUCCUUCUUCAAUGUACCCUGGGACUCCGUUCAACACAUUCGUGGCCGGUACGCAAUUCUUUCCCCACCCAAGAUCAUAAUACUACACGACCAAAAGAGAAAUCCCAAUUUUUAUCAGUCAAUCUAGAAUUCCUUGCAUUCUCUCUUUCUCUAACAAAAUCUUUGAUCAUCACGUUUCUCUGCCUAAAUUUACUAUUAUUGUUGUUGUUAGUUAGUUAGUUAGUUAGUAGAACUAGUAAUCCUCCUCCUGAUUAACUACAUUAAUGAGUUGGUUCUUUGAAAAGAGAAACUAGUAUAAAGAAAAUGGUGAUGUGUGUGUUAAUUGUAAGUUAAAAUAGUUAAUUAAUUAUGAAAUUUAUUCAUCCUUGAAUUAGUACUACAUUUUUUUGUUGUUGAAA